CCCCCUCGAAACGCGACUGGGAUAGUUUGAGAGUAGCGAUUAGGCGGGUUUUAUUGCUCGAAACCUGGCAACCCUGUCUAGCAUCACGCAUGCGCAGUGAGAUUUCCUUAGCAUCUGGCGCCAAACUCAAGCUGCUCGACCGGAACAUGUCUAAAAAGAAAGGACUCAGUCUGGAGGAGAAGAGGAGUCGUAUGAUGGAGAUAUUUUUUGAAACCAAAGAUGUGUUUCAGCUGAAAGACAUGGAAAAGAUCGCCCCCAAGUCCAAAGGAAUCACUCCCAUGUCGGUGAAGGAGGUGUUGCAGAGUCUGGUGGAUGAUAACAUGGUGGACACCGAGAGGGUGGGCACCUCCAACUAUUUCUGGGCGUUCCCCAGUAAAGCCCUGCACGCCCGAAAACGCAGAUUGGAAGAACUGGAGACACAACUUGAGGAUGGGAAUCAGCGUAAAAAAGCGCUUCAGCAAGCAGUUGACAAAGCCAAAGUGGGACGUGAAGUUAAUGAGGAGAGACGGGAUCUCCUGAAGGAGCUCUCAGCACUGAAACCUCAGCGAGAUCAGCUGAAGGCUGAGCUGGAGAAGUACAGAGAGUGUGAUCCGCAGGUGGUGGAGGAGAUCCGUAAAGCAAACAUUACAGCAAAAGAGGCCGUGUCCAGGUGGACGGAUAAUGUUUUUGCAAUCAAAUCCUGGGCCAAAAAGAAGUUCGGCUUUGAGAACAGCAACUUGGACAAAGCCUUCGGAAUCCCUGAGGACUUUGACUACAUGAACUGAUCAGAGACUCGCCAGAUCUCAGGACUGUUUGAUCUGUUUUCCCGUGAUGCUCUUACAGCAGUUCGUUGUGUUUCGUUAUCAGUUCUGCAUGUUCGAGACUAAGCUGAGACUUCUUUACGUUGUGAAGAGUCUGCCACUCCCGUUAAAUUUUAGCCUCGUCAUGUCCAAGGAGAACUUCAAGACCGAUUUGUCAGCAUUGAAGGGUAAACACUGGUGAAAACGCUCCUGGAGUUAACCCUUGGCUGUCAGAGAUGCACUCUGUGUCUCUCAAUUCAAGGAAUUUAAUCACAGGUUAGAGACGCGUGAAAUUAAUCACCUGUGGGAAAAAAAAGUUGUAUGACGAGCAUGCAUUUGUUUCUGUAUGAAGUAGGGAUGUGUUAUGGAUUUGAAGUCACUUCAGAUGCUUUAUUCUUUGGUAGGCAUUGUUCACUAUUGAUCAUUUUUCACCGUGCACAUAUUUUUGUGUAUCUUGUAAAUAUGAAAAAUGGUCAGGAGCUUUGUGUAAUAUGGUUUAAUAAAUGUAGUUAUCAAGCAAA